AUGGCUCCGUGGAGCCUCAUCAUCCGUGCCGUUAUGGCCUUGGAAGACGUCUUCGUCCAGCGCCUCCUCGCAAGCCCCAGCUUCCACCAUGUCGUCCGCCGCAUCCACCGCGGCGUGCAAGAAGCGCGCUACGGCCGCGACCCCAGUGAACCCCUCCGGAAAGGCGAAGCAACGGCCAACCCGAGCACGAACGGCGGCAGCGGCAGCCGCGGUUUUCUAAGUCACUUCAUCGAGGAGCUCGGCCUCCAGGCGCGCGGCCGGGCGACGCAGAUCCCCAAAGAUGUUCCAGCGAAGAAGAAGAAGUGA